AUGGCACUGAGACGCAUCAACAAGGAACUCGUUGACCUCGGACGUGAUCCGCCUUCUUCAUGCAGCGCUGGUCCAACAGGCGACAACAUGUUCCAAUGGCAAGCGACUAUUAUGGGUCCUAGCGACUCGCCAUACGCUGGCGGUGUCUUCUUCCUCUCUAUCACUUUCCCGACCGACUAUCCGUUCAAGCCGCCCAAAGUCAGUUUCACAACGAAGAUAUACCAUCCAAACAUCAACUCCAAUGGGAGCAUUUGUCUUGACAUCCUCAGGGAUCAGUGGUCUCCAGCGUUGACGAUCUCUAAAGUGCUGCUCUCAAUUUGCUCGAUGUUGACCGAUCCUAACCCCGACGAUCCUUUGGUGCCCGACAUUGCUCACUUGUAUAAGACCGAUCGUCCACGGUAUGAGGCAGCUGCCCGGGAAUGGACAAGGAAGUAA